ACCCCUUGCUUCAGGUUAAGGGAAGAGCAAGGUGAUUAUUGUGGAUCUGAAGGGGACUUGGUUUAGGACGUCUGAGAAAGAGGAAGGGUCCAGGAUUUGCCUUCAGGCUUGGAUUGCUGAAUCAAAAUAGCAGGCCCAGCCUACCACGACGAUGACAGUCACUUAUUCCAGCAAAGUAGCAAAUGCCACUUUCUUUGGAUUUCACAGAUUACUCCUAAGGUGGAAAGGCAGCAUCUACAAAUUGCUGUACAGAGAAUUUAUUGUUUUUGCUACUCUUUACACAGCGAUAAGUGUAUUAUACAGAUUUUUUCUUACAGGUAGCCAAAAACGGUUCUUUGAAAAACUGUCAAUUUACUGUGACAAAUAUGCUGAACAAAUCCCAGUAACUUUUGUGCUUGGUUUCUAUGUUACUUUGGUGGUGAAUCGCUGGUGGAACCAGUUUGUGAACUUGCCGUGGCCAGACCGGCUGAUGCUGCUCAUCUCCAGCUGUGUGCAGGGCAGAGAUGAGUACGGGCGCUUGUUAAGGAGGACUCUCAUGCGUUAUGUGAAUUUAACAUCUCUGCUCAUCUUUCGCUCUGUCAGCACAGCUGUGUACAAAAGGUUCCCCACCAUGGACCAUGUGGUAGGAGCAGGUUUUAUGACAAGACACGAAAGAAAACUUUUUGAUGACCUUAAGUCUCCCCACCUGAAAUAUUGGGUCCCAUUUGUCUGGUUUGGAAAUUUGGCAUCAAAGGCACGAAAAGAGGGAAGAAUUCGAGACAGUGUGGAUCUGCAGACACUGAUGAAUGAGAUGAAUAAGUACCGGUCUUGGUGUAGCCUUUUGUUUGGUUAUGACUGGGUUGGAAUUCCACUGGUCUAUACCCAGGUUGUUACUCUUGCAGUCUAUACCUUUUUCUUUGCCUGCCUGAUAGGGCGUCAAUUUUUGGAUACUGACCAAGGGUAUCAGGGACAUGACUUAGAUAUUUACAUUCCAAUCUUCACUCUGCUGCAGUUCUUCUUCUACGCAGGAUGGCUCAAGGUCGCUGAACAACUCAUUAAUCCAUUUGGAGAAGAUGAUGAUGAUUUUGAAACUAACUGGUGCAUCGACAGAAAUUUACAGGUUUCACUUCUGGCGGUGGAUGAGAUGCACAUGAACUUGCCAAGGAUGGAGAAAGAUAUUUACUGGAAUGAUACCUCUGCCCGGCCACCCUACACAAAAGCAGCUGCGGAUUACUGUAUUCCUUCAUUUCUUGGAUCGACUAUUGAAAUGGGGCUGGCUGAUACCGAAUUCCUCUAUGGGGAAGAGUGGCCUUGGGAAGAGGAGAAGCACCAUAGACAGUAUUCAGUUUUGAGAAGAGUCAAGAGGUUUCUCAGUGUCCAUGAGAGUCCUUCGUACCCAACUCACCAGCGCUACAGUCGGCAGACGAGUGAGAACUCCGUGUUUUUCCCAGCAGAUGAAAAGGGGCACAUCCGACGGCUGCAGGAAAUGCACACAAGAGGGAGGCACUCUACCUCCAGCUUCAAGAAGAAAUAUGAAGGAGUUACCAGAAGUAGCAGACUUCAUAGUAGCCGAGAGCUAGGACCCAUAACAGAAACCUCAAGGAAUGAGGCACAGUUUGAUGACAGUGACACCUCAUCUGAGACAACCAGGCCAGUUCCUGAGGUUGCCAUUUCUGAAGCCCAGGAGACUGAACCUGAUGUGCCAACAGAGCGCUCUGCAAGCGUGCCAGAAGAGAAGCUCCAAAGGAUCCUAGCUGAGGCAAAUGUGGCUCUUCUGAACCAACACUUUUUGCCCCCAGAAAUGACUCCAUACCUCUCAAGUUCAGAGGUGCAUCAGUCACUUCCUAGUGUGAUAGGAGAGCCCAAACACGAGCCCCAGGUUAGUAACAUAGCUGGUCUCAUAACAGAUCAUGAGAGAAACCUUCAGCGAUGGAGUUUACCAAGCUUCCACAGUCCUAAUACGGCAUCAAAUGCUGAUGCUCCACUGCCUUCAGCAGAUUCUGGGACAACUUCACAGCAAAGGACAUUCAGUGAUGGAAAAAGUGUUACUUCUGCUGCUGCUCCACAAACAUUUGAGAUGCAGGACUUGUGGGGAAACGUGGACAGUAAAGAAACAGCCAUAGUAGAGUUUUCUAAUGAGGAGAGUGGAAGAAAACUUUGACCAUUCUUCCUCUAGGUUUGACUGAACUUAUCUUCUCUUGAUCAUGAUUCUCACACAAAUUUGCUGAAAGUGCAGAAGGUUAGACUUGAUACUCAGACAAGUAAUGAACAAGAUCCAGCAGAAGAUUUGGGCACCUAAAUAGGAGGCAUUGUGGUGACAUACUUUAAGCCACUUGGUCACUGGCUUGAAAUCUGUGACCCUGUGGGAAAUACAUUUACAGGGAGAACCGUGAGCCUCAGGAUGUAUGUGGCAGUGAGCUGUGUACACAUAACUAGAGGAAACACUAAGUUGGAUAUACACUCAACUCUGCUGCCUUUGUCUGCUCCAACAGCUUAAGAUCCAUGACAUCCCUGUAAGAUCUACCAACAGUGUUGGUUUCUACUCAAGUGGCUUAAAGGCAAGAUGUGGGUUCAAUCUGGAGAGAUUCAGCCCACCAUCUCUCACUGUCUGGAGGAACACUUGAAAAAUCAGGCCUCUCAUGUAGGACAGUAUUCUGCCCCACUCCUGAUGAAGUUAUGCCGCUAAAGAGUAGAAAAAAAUAAAAGGAUUAAAUGUUUAAUCUAAUUUUUUA